UGACACUUCCAAUAUGUCGGCGACGUUGACUUAUAGCAGCAGUGGACAAACCCACUCGAUGCGGCUUCUGUGUCUUCGAUAACAGCUAGUUUGUCAGUAGUUUUGAAAAAGGAUAAACUAAAAGAGCAGUAGUUAUACAAGUUUCCCCCACAGAAAUUGUUAUUUUUAGAGUAAGGUUGCAAAAAAACAAUGGCACUCGAAAGUACUAAAACAGAUGUCAGGUUUGUUUUGGCCCCCAUUUCGGCUAACGGAGAUCUGCUGACCUCUUACGAUGAAGCCCACGUACCACCGGUGGUACCCGGUUUGAGAGUAUUUCCACAAGAGUAGCUCUUUAAGGGAAUCCUCUUAAGCAAGCCAUGCUGCUGUCUCCUCAGGCUGAGAGAAACUGGGAGGCCGUGUGCUCGGUGCUCCAGGAUGUUCUGGAGGAGCAGCCCCAUCGGCAGCUCUUUGCCUUGGAGCUGGGCUCCGGAACCGGGCAGCACGUCAUACGCUUCGCACAGAGGAUGCCCUUCGUCACCUGGCAGCCGUCGGACAUCCAAGAGGAAGCCCGGAGCAGAUGUCGCAGCAUUAAGGCGUACAUUGCCGCCACCAACAUGACGACGGUGCGGCAACCUGUGCACCUGGAUGCCAGUGAGCCUUGGGAGAAGUGGGCGGGGCUUUCUCGUGCCUCCUGUGAUGUCAUUAUUGCGAUUAACUUACUCCAGUACAGCCCCUUUAAAACAGCACAGGGUGUUUUCAACGGGGCAGGUGAGAUCAUCAAGCAAAAUGGCCUUUUGAUUACAUAUGGGGCAUAUGCCAUUAAUGGCACCAUUACACCACAAUGUAACGAACUCCUGGAUGAAGAGCUUCGGAAAAGAAACGCAGAGUGGGGACUUCCUGAUAUCGACGUGCUGAGACAGCUGGCCUACGCUAACGGGAUGCGUAUGGAGAGGAUGGUCGAGAUGGAAGAAUGCUACAAAUGCCUCAUCUUCAGGAAACAAUAGAUGCCCUCAAAAGGUCAAGAAAUAAAAAGGACUCCACGCAGAAAGUGGACAAUAAGAACCAGAUAUUUAUUAAAUAUAAAUUUAAAAUGACCUUUGAAAGUCGAGACAGAUGACUAUGAUGGAAAUAAAGUAGAUCACAAAUGAAGGAGUUACAGAGAUAUAAGCUGAUUGGCUCGGUGAUAAAUACAUGCGGCCUGUAAUUGACGACAAAAGCCUUUUUCCGUUCGCUAACAUGCACGCAGCCAAUACACACAGCCAGGAGGCCAUUAGCAGAUGAUUACAGGUAGUGCUGUGUCAUAAUGAUGACGAUGUAAUCAUGUGGGUAUUUGGGUGUACGUCAGCAGGAUGACUUGAAUUGUUCAACAAUGUUAAGUCCAGUUGAUGCAAUUUACAACAAAUAAAUGCUAAUGUCAGACUAUAUUAGCAACAACUGGAAUGUUAGGCUGUGAUCCUUCUGAUGAUGAUGAUGAAAGUUAGUGCCAUUUAUCCCAAACCUCCCUGACUGUGCUUGCUCUCUUUACAGACACACAAAGACACCACAUACACACCGAGUCCUUCAAAUAAAGUCUUCACACAGGCUUAAAUUAAAAAUCAUCAUGCUUGUUUUGAGUUUUAAAAAGCAAAAAAAAAGAAAUGUUUUGUCUUUUUCCUUAUUUGUUGUUAGGAGCACUGACUAUUUGUGAGCUUCAGCUAUUUCAUUUAAGGGACAAAUAAAGGUCAGCUGAGAGAGGAAGGUAAGAUCUGGGUUUUGGUGCCCCUCCCACCCCACCCCUAUGUGGUGGUGCCGUCUCAGGGAUGACACAGUAAGAUAAGAUAAUCACAAUGUUU